UCGCUCAAAUUUAAAAUUACAUGUAAGAUUCGUAAUAAAUUUAAAAAAUAGAUUAGCUGGUAAGACUUUAGCCCCUUCUCCAUUUAUCGCAGUUCAAAUCAAACUUCAUCAUUCAGAUUUCCAACUCCACCAAAUGAGUAAGCAAAUAGGAGAAUGAUGAGGGAGAGGAUGAACUAGGGUCUCACUCUCACACAACCAAAAAAAUAAUAAUUCAUCUCAUUCAUUCCCCUCUUUUGUUCUUUUGUAGAGAGUGCCCCCUCUCCAUUUAUUGCCCAUCUUCUCUAUCCCUGUCCUUUGCUUGCUACUUAGCUCUCUCUUCUUCACCCUCCAUUGCUCUUUUCAAGCCAAGCCCUCCUCUCUCUCUCUCUCUCUCAUUGCAUCCCACCCUUUCUCCAUUCCCAUAUUCAGUCCAUAGCUAGCUUUGUUUUGAACAUUUUCAAUUUCUUGCUAGUUUAGUCCCUAGCUGCUGGAGCUUGCCUUCCUCUUUCCCAAUUAACCCACAAAAUUAGGGUUAGUUUUCUGCUGUUGGAGUAGCUGAUCUGAAUUAAAGGCAACAAGCUUGGACAAAGCAGGCACCUAAUACAGUCUACACAGCUUGGGCUAGCUUCCAUAGAGGUACAGCGAGUUAUAUUUGGUACCCAAAUCCCUAUUUAAUUUUCUGCUAAAAUUUUUCACUGCUUCGUGAUGAAGAAGGUGAUCACUAGGUAUUAAUUUCUACAUAUACCACGUACGUAAAUAACAAAGUAGAUCUUUUUUACUUCUUCUUCUUCACCAUACCAUGUUGGUGUGUUUUUGUUGAUUUAGGGCUUGGCUACAUAGUUGUCUGUCUGUCUUCAUACCAUGAUAUCAUGUAGCUAGAUAGUGAGACUAGCUAUUUACAGAAACAAAAGGGAUAUUUGAACACUGUGUUUGGAUGGGGAGCGAAAGAGAGAGAUGAAGACAUUGAAACUGUUGAGAUCUCGUGCUAGCUAGCUUAAUUAUGAACCUUCACCUCAUCUCAUCACAAGGGUUUUCCACCAUGUCCCCCGUUCUUCUCUGUUCUCUUUUUCGUUUGAGUUUUUGUUCAAAGGAUGUGAGGCAAGUUGACUCGAGAGAGAGAGAGAGAGAGAGAGAGAGAGAGAGAGUGUGAUUUGAGAUGACAAAAGACAAACUCUGAGAAGAGGGCAAGGCAGGCUGCAGAGAGUGCGUGUAAGUAAAGGAGGAGAGGGGCAGACUGUUAGUUGCUUGCUUGCUGCAGCAGAUUUCAAUUCAAGGACGAAGGAUUUGGCCGGCAACCCAACCUAGAAAGUAAAAACCACAAAUAAUAAGUAACAGGAAUAAAGAAAGAAAAACGUAUAGCUGCAGUGUUAGUACAUGAUCAAGGUUUUCGAUUUGGUGUGGAAUUCAAGGUUGAUUUCCCAUAAGGUCACCCAUUCUCGUUGUACUCCACACUGAACACGUUUAACUUCGGAGUUCUCAUAAUAACUCUUUCAUUUCACCCCAAAACACGUCAUGUCAGUUAAGAUCGGUUUCUUACUUAUAAACCAUGGAUCUCUCCCGUACUUUGUCGAUGUGGGAUUCGCCUAAGGUGUUACACAAACACCGUGUGUCAGAUCAGAAGGCCAGCUUUAAUAAUUAAGGUUUGCAGAAAGAAAAAAAAACCAUACAUGGAAUUCAAUCAUGCGUAUGAUAUAUGAUAUAUCCACUGGGUUUCUAUCUGUGUGAGAGAGAGAGGAUGGAUAGAUUGAAGAGAGGAAGGAAGGGGGUAGAGAUCAGAUUCAGGGUCGCAGAAUUUGUCAAAUUAUGCAUCGAUCUUGUACAUACGAGUCUGACCCAUAUAUAUAUAUAUUUUCCUUCUACCGUCAUCCAUGAUUUUACUUUCUUGCUUCCUUUCUUCUCCAUUGGUGGUGAAGCUUUUGUUUUAAAUCAGGUAACAAUUUCAGGAAGAGGGUAGUCUAGUCUUGUGUGUUAGAGAGUGGUAUAAGUAUAUAAGAUCUAGCAGAAACUUCUCCCAACAAUUUGAGUUAUUGGGACCAACUGGUUUAUGACAUGGUAUCAGACCUGGUUUGACCAAGUGGUCGUGUGUUCGAAUCUCCACGACCCCCAAUAUUAACAGUUGAUUAAAACACAAGGUAUGUGGGGCCUGUGCAAACUUCAAGCCCGUGAGUUGGCUUUCGUUUGAGGGGGCGUGUUAGAGUGUGAUAUAAAAUUCAUCAUAAUCUUCUCCCAACAACUCGAGUUAUUGGAACCAACUGGUUUAUGACAUUGUGUGUAAGCAUAACAUUUGUAGUCAAACCCACCCAAUCCGACAGAGAAGAACCGAAUCUGACACACAUUUUUUUCUUUUCUUUUGGGAAUUGAGAUCUCGAACCAUGUUUCCUAGUUCGAGUAUCAAACUAGGGGUUUCUUCUAUUUUUAGGAAUGAGGUUAGGGUGUGUCUAAUAAUAAGUCAUUUUUGCUAAUCAGAUAUUGGUCUAGUAGUAAUUAAUAUCACUAGUAUUGAACUAAGAGGUUUUAGUUCGAAUCCCUUAAGCAUAUAUAAGAGAAUUGAAAAAAUUAUCGGAAUUCGAUGAAUUUGCAUUUUUAGUAAACAACAACAACAAAAAAAUAAACAUAUAAAGAUGUCCUUGUACCGUUGUUCGUGCUCAAAUUUUGUACUCAAGAUAGAGGAACUACAUCAAGGGAGUUGCCUUAAAAAUUAAAAAUGAUAGGACACAUAGCUAAUUGGUGUGAAUGUAUUAUUAAUUUAUUAUACAUGUUAAAUGUCUUUGUUAUAUAUAAUAUAUAUACGAGACUCGAUGUUUUGAACUCGUCGAGAUGUCAUGUUCUCAUCUAAUAUUAUCAUCCGAUUAAUUUUCUUUAAUCUUUAUUUAGAAAGUGAAAUAAAAGUCAGUAUAUAAAUUGUUUAAAAAAAACAAAUACACACUCGUAGUAAUUAAACAAGUUAUAAUAAUAAAAUAAUAAUAAUAAACGAGAAAAUGAAAGAAACAAAAGUAAGUUUUACCUUGUCGAAGAAUAAUGAAGAAAACUAACAAAGGUCGCACUUAACUUUGCACACGUUUUUUUUGUUUAUAGUUUUGAUCAUCCAACCCCUGCAAUGGCGGCUUCAUCCUCAUCAACCUCGGCAUCCACAAGCAACAACAGCAACUCAUCGUACAACUCGCCGUGCGCGGCGUGCAAGUUCCUCCGCCGGAAGUGCACCCCGGGGUGCAUCUUCGCUCCUUACUUCCCGCCGGAGGAGCCGCACAAGUUCGCCAACGUCCACAAGAUCUUCGGCGCCAGCAACGUCACCAAGCUCCUCGCCGACCUCCCACCUCACCAGCGCCACGACGCCGUCGCCUCCCUCGCCUACGAGGCCGAGGCGCGUGUCCGCGACCCCGUCUACGGCUGCGUCGGCGCCAUCACGUUCCUCCAGCGCCAGGUCCACCGCCUCCAGAAGGAGCUCGACGCCGCCAACACACACCUCAUCCGCUUCGCCGCCGCCACAACAAACGACGUCGUCAUCCCAGCUGCCACGUUGCCGCCGCCGCCGCAGCCGUUUGAUCCCUUGGCGGUGAUGAGUAGGAGGAACGUCGGAGGAGGGUAUUAUGGUAAUAGUAAUAAUAAUAAUAAUAAUAACAUGGGGCUGCCGCCGUUUCCUUACGGCGGUGGUGGAGGGCUUCCUUGGAGCGAUGGGGAUCAUGGUGGUGGUGGUGGGAGUAUGUGAAUAUAUGCUCUUUCCUUAGAUCGUGAAAUAAUGGGUAAGAAAGUAGCAGCAGAGCAGGUAGGGUUUUCGUGCCUAUAUGGAGAAGAAGGCAUGGGAAAGUCUACAUAUUCAGCUCAGCUACUAGUACUGUCGUGUAUUUAUAUAUAUUUCAUAAAGUCUUGUAGCAGCACAUGAUGAUGGACUGCCAUUUUGCUAUGCAACUUGUAAUUUGUUUAUAUAAUAUGUUUCCGUAUGCUGCUAGAAGAAGCUCAAACGAGGGCUAGCUAGUAGGGGUGGCUAUAGGGUUCGGUCCGGUUAAAUUGGUCUGGUUUUAGUUAGGUUUUUUUUUUUUCCGGGAAUAUAAGGACCAAAGAUUGAAUUGGAUACAUUCUGGUCUUGACCCGGUCCGAUCUAUUUUCGGUCUUGAUUUUAGAUUGAGCUUGUGGGGAAUUGAGUGACUUGAUGCCUCAAAGGGUGAAGAGUUGGUUAAGUUUUUGGUGUUGGACUCUCUUAUCCGGUCUUUAUCCGGUUUUUGAUCCGGUCUCAAAUCUAAGCCCAAAGAUGGGAUUGGAUUGUUUGCUAUCCGGUUCCAGUCCGGUCUCGGUCCGGGUUAUACGGUCCGGUUUCGGAUAAAACCAAAUAGCUCGGACCAAAUAGCUAGCCUACUAGCUGGGGCUGGCUAUUUGGUCCGGGUUUUUUAGUUUUAUCCAAAACCGGACCGGGACCAGAUAGUACACAAUCCAAUCCAAUCUUUGGGCUUAGAUUUGAGGUAAAAAAUGAUUUGUGACCGGAUCGAAAACUGGAUAAAGACCGGAUAAGAGAGCUCAACACCCAAAAUUUAAGGGUAAUUUGCAUAAACGGUCACAAACCUUUGCACUUGGUACAAAACUUAACCAACUCCUCACCCUUUCAGACCUUAGGUCACUCAAAUCCCACAAGUUUAAUAUAAAAUUAAGACCAAAUUGGGACCGGACCGGGUCAAAACGGGACCGGAUCAAGAUCGGACUGUAUCUAAUCCAAUUUGGUCCUUAUAUUUUCAAAAAGACCGAACUGGACUGGAUUAAUUUGAGCCAAUUUAACCGGACCGGGUCGUAUAGCCACCCCUACUAGCUAGGUGAUUAAUUAGUCUGCAUGAGCAAUAACAGACUCGCUACUAGAGAAGCAUGUGCAUGUUGGGGCUGCUGCUAAAUUCUCUAUUCUUCUUUUUUCUGCUGUAUCUUUUGGUUUGGGGAAUAAACGGAGAUGUGGUACGCAGUUUGAUUAAUAAAGGUGGCGUGCUGAUCGAUUCUCUAUUUCGGCCGAGUCUACUGCUUAUAGCUAUAGUAUGUAUGGCCUUUACAGUUUACAGUUACCUUUUUUAUAUAUAUUCUUGCCCUUCUUUUGUGGUUGUUUUUCUAAACACUUCCACUAUUUUGUAAAGUGCAGGGGAUAACAUGCGUCAAUAACCAUGUAGGGCUGUUAAUAAGGCGAGUCGAACCGAAUUUUGUUUUGUUCAGGUUUAGUUCAUUUAUAAACGAGCUGAACGCGAGUUCGGCUCAUUUAUGAAUGAGUUGAGUCGAGCAAGGCAAGAGCUAGCUCAAUUAUUGAAUUUUGGCUCAUCAUUAAAAUCGAAAUUUCGAUUCGAUCUCAACUCUAAGAUCAUUUAUAAAUUAAAUACCCUAAUAUUUAUAUGUCAUACAUAUAUGGUACAUGUGAUUAACUGAUCUUCAUGUCAUAUAUGAGACAUAUUUGCUCAAAUACUCAAAUUAUUAACAUCACAUGAGGCGAGGUAUACAAUUUAAUAAAUCUAUACAUCAUUAACAAACCAAAUCAUAAGAUAUAGAUAGAUUUUCUCAUAAGUCACAAUCAAAUUGGCUUGCUAGUUACGAUGUUGAGGCAUCUCUUGAGCUCAAAAUGAGAUAGUUGGUGAGUGGAACUCAACAAGCCACCUAAUAGAGCUACUUCACGAGCCUCACGAGCGGAACAAGGUUGAUCUCAAGCUCGGCUUUUAAUAAACGAAUCGACCUUUU